GCGCAUGCGCAGCAACAUAGUCCUCUCCGUUUCCUGGACAUACUGCCACGUUAUUAGUGGCAUACAACACAAUUUAGGCGACAUUUAGGACUAGUACAAGUUAAAAGAAAUCAGCUACGUUAUCUGUCUUCGAGUGUAAAAUUACAGUUUACCUAAGAGUUCUUGGCUUGAAGAUUAUCUGAGAUGCUAAAGUUGUUGAUUGUGUGCGCACUGGCCGCCGUCGCCGCGGCUGAUUUUCCUGAGGAGGAAGAUGUGCUCGUGCUGAAGAAAAGUAACUUCGAUGAGGUGCUCAAAACUUACCCAAAUGUCCUCGUUGAGUUUUAUGCUCCUUGGUGUGGGCACUGCAAGGCCCUGGCCCCAGAAUAUGCUAAAGCUGCAGGAAUCCUGAAAACAGAAGGUUCAGAUAUCAGACUAGGUAAAGUAGAUGCCACAGAGGAGAAUGAACUUGCUCAAGACUUUGGUGUUCGAGGAUAUCCCACCAUCAAGUUCUUUAAGGGAGGAGAAAAGGAAAACCCCAAGGAGUAUUCUGCUGGUCGACAGGCUGAUGAUAUUGUCAACUGGCUGAAAAAGCGAACUGGUCCUGCAGCCUCUACUUUAAGUGAUGUCACACAAGCCGAGUCUCUUAUUGCAGAUAAUGAGGUUGCAGUCAUUGGUUUCUUUAAGGAUGUUGACUCGGAUAGUGCCAAGGCCUUCAUUAAAGCUGCAGAGGCUGUGGACGAAAUCCGCUUCGGCAUUACCUCUGACGAUGCCGUUUAUACAAAGUUUGAAAUUGCCCAGGAUGGUGUUGUGCUUUUUAAGAAGUUUGAUGAGGGUCGCAACAAGUUUGAUGGAGAGAUCAGCAAAGAAAAUCUCUUGAACUUCAUCAAGGCCAACCAGCUUCCACUGGUUAUAGAGUUCACAGAGCAGACUGCUCCAAAAAUCUUUGGAGGUGACAUCAAGUCCCAUAUUCUAAUGUUUUUGCCCAAAACAGCUGAAGACUUCCAGGACAAGAUGGAACAUUUUAAGAAAGCCUCAGCAGGCUUCAAAGGCAAGAUUCUCUUCAUAUUUAUUGACAGUGAUGUGGAUGAUAACCAGAGAAUCUUGGAGUUUUUUGGCCUAAAGAAGGAAGAGUGCCCAGCGAUCCGCCUCAUCACCCUAGAGGAAGAAAUGACCAAAUACAGACCAGAAAGCUCUGACAUCACAGCAGAGAACAUCAUUGCCUUUUGCAACGCCUUUACAGAGGGCAAACUAAAGCCACAUCUGAUGAGUCAGGACAUUCCUGAAGACUGGGAUAAGAACCCUGUCAAGGUCUUGGUGGGCAAGAAUUUUGAAGAGAUUGCUUUCAACUCUGCCAAGAAUGUCUUUGUGGAGUUUUAUGCCCCAUGGUGUGGUCACUGUAAGCAGCUGACUCCCAUUUGGGAUCAACUGGGUGAGAAAUUCCAAAACAACCCUGAUAUCAUUGUGGCCAAGAUGGACUCCACAGCUAAUGAGAUUGAAACUGUCAAAGUACAUAGCUUCCCUACUCUGAAGUUCUUCCCUGCUGGUGAUGACCAUAAGGUAAUUGACUACAAUGGUGAGAGAACACUAGAUGGAUUUACAAAGUUUUUGGAGAGCGGAGGAAAAGAUGGUGGGGCACCAGCAGGAGAUGAUGAUGAAGAAUCAGACGAUCUGGAUCUUGAUGAUGCAGAGGAAGAUGACUCUGAUGUGGAAGAUGGACAUGAUGAGUUAUAAGAGUCGGAAUGAAGAAGUGAAACCCUUUUACCCAAAUGGACAAAGCCUUUCAUCACCACCACCUACGUUUGAAAACCUUCCUGUAUGUGAACACUAAAGCUGUUCCUAAAUAAUCUUAUAGCCACCAGGUGUAACGGAGAGCUUCGUCAGCCAGUACUGUGGUCUUCACCGACUCCACCAGUCAUAUGCAGUACAGAGAAGUGUCUUUCUGCCCACAUAAAGAGCUUAAUAGCAUUAAAGAACUUUAGUAACUUCCCUCCACCCAAAUUAUUUUUGAUAUGUUUUAUUAUACCCUGAUAUUACCAUAUAAUUUAUUUUUAGGAAUCUGUAAUGCUCUGUCAAACUUUCACUUUAAAACUGCUGACUAUUUUUAUGAUUCAGGGGUGAUUCUUUUUUGUUUUUUUCCAUGUAUUACUGCUAAAAUGUUUGGACCGUUGUUUCAGGGCAGAUAAGAUGAAUGUUUGACCGUGUAAAAGGAAACAAAUGUAAACCGUGAAGUAAGGCACAACAGCUGUUUGACUGUGCAAAAAGUUUUAAUGCCAUCAUUCCGUAUCAGUUAAUGAUCUCUUGUACCUUCCUGCUGUCCAUGACCUUAUUGGAAAAUGCCAGCUGGUGGUAUCAUGUCAUUUGACUUGGUGGUCUGUGAAAGCCUUUUAUUCCCCCUCUUAUGAUAGGGUUCAGGGUUGUAAGCCUAUAUUUUUCUUGGUGGGGUUAAUUUCAGGGGCGGUAUUAAAAGAUGGGGGGUUUGGGAAUUGGGGUUCAGUUUUUAAGGGAUGGGGUUAGGAUUUUGAAAUGAAAAGGAUGACAGACAGAUUAAAAUGACAGAGAUGCAAAGCAUUCCAUUGCAUUUAAAUUGAGAAGUUAACUGGUGGCCAAAUAAAUAACAAAUGGUGAAACUGUUGUGUUUAUUUUGAUAACUAAUUAUUGAUUUGGCCCCAAGCACUGAAAGUGUGAAAGGCCCUGUUUUUUUUAAGGAUUAUUCUUGUUUUCAAGGUUUCGAUGUGUUUUGAGGUCCUUAACAUGGCCAAGAACUGGUUGUCAGUUGUCUGCCCUUAAAAAGGUUAGCACAUAGGUGUGGCAGCCAAGGGGACUUUGCAGCACCCUUGUUAAAGGCCAAUUAAAAUUGUAUAUAAAUGGCACAUUCAUGUAUACAAUUUGGUACAUGUAAUUCUUAUUGGCCCAAAUAACUUUUGCACUGACAUUUAUUGGCUUUGCCCCACAGGAAGAUUUUUGGGAAUUGCAUGUGGUAAAUUUUUAAAUAAUCUUCCUUGGUGAUUUAUGUGUUUGCUACUGAACUUGGUCAACAUUAUGUUGCUAAAUUGUCAAGAGAUUUUUUUAUUUCAUCACACGGUCCAAAAAUGUUCUAAAAAUUUCAGAAUAGAACAGCCUGACAUCUACAUGCCAGUAUGCACCUGUGGUUAUAGUCACACCUUUUUGUAACAAGAAGUGCCACGUUUAACACUGUGAUGCACAUCUAGCAACAUGCUAAAAUGUCAUCUGUUGUUAAACAAGCUAGCAACUCAGUCAUUUUUGUUAACCAUGGUUAUUUCUAAUAAAACCAUGGUUUCAUCAGCUGUAAUCAAUAUGGCAAAACAUGAUUAUUGUACUUUUACCAUAAAAAGGGUUAAUUUUUGUAUAUAAUUUAUUUUUUAGUUUCAGUUAAAUUCUAUAAAUGUUUACAUCCUGUGUGACUGAGCAAAGAAAAAAAGUCAUGUGGAUUACUUUUGUGAUGAAUGGAUGGGUCUCUAUCCAAUGCCGUUCCAAGGCUAUAUGUAAAAUCACUCAGAUUGUGUUUGGCUCAAGGAUGGCAGGAGCACGAGUAAAUUUUGGCUUAAAUGUUAUAUUUGGUUGAACUAUUCCUUUAAAGGAAUAGUUCACCUUCAAAAUGAAAAUUCUGUCAUGUGUGUGAUUUUCUACUGCAAAACACAAAAUAAUAUAUUUUGAAAAAUGUUGGUAACCAAAAAUCGUUGGUGCCCAUUGUCUUCUAUUGUAUGGACACAAAACCAAUGCAAGUCAAAUGGGGACCAACGGUUUUCUGUUACCAACAUUUUUCAAACAAAUUUCUCAAAACAAAGGUGUUACUUUUAUGACCAAUAUAUACAUCACUGCUAUCUUUCUGAUACCUUGUAUCUCCAUAUUUCAUGAUUUUAUUUUUUGCCAUAAAUCAUUAUUAUUAGUCAUCCUUUAUUUUUGUCACUGGGUUUUGCUAAUAUGUAACCAAUAAAAAGUAUUAAAAAGUG